AAUAAAAAUCAUAACAUUUCAUUAUGCACUGUGUCGGUACUAUAUAUGACGUCAUCACAAUUUGGCAAACCAACACAAUGAUAUUACAUCUGUGAAACGCCAAAAGAUAGCCAUGGAUAUCCGAGUGAGUUUAAACAGCGCCAUGGUGAUAGCAGUCGUGGCGGUUGAGCUGAUGAACAUGUUGUGGUACAGUGCGGGACCGUCCUGGGCGCGGAGAAUUGCACAGCGUUUGUUUCCAACGACCAUCGUCUGUGACAUCGGGCUCGUGCUGCUGCUGCAGAUAUUGAUCGACUCUACCUUUGUGAGGGUAUCCACCUGGCUGGACGUUGUGAAAGUGGCAGUCAUCUUGACCCUCGUGUACUUCUGUCUGGAGGCCCCACACUUCGUCAGCAACAGCAACACCUUCUUAUACUUCCUCAUACACAGCAUGCACAAGUUCUGUAUGAUAUUCGUCAUGCUGUUCUGCAUAGUCAACUUCAACUAUAUUUAUGUUCUCAUUUGAGCAUUAAUGUAAAUAGCUUUACAAAUGCAGCAUUAAUAAUGUAUGUGUCAUUGGCUAUCACUAGCAGAAAAUUAAUCAUCAUUUUUGUAAUCAAAUGUAACUUACCAUAAUAGGUUGCCAGUCAUUUUCCGUUAUCAUUUUAUUUAAUUUUUUCACUAUGUACAUUACAUAGAAAGAUUAUAUAUACACUUUACAAGGCUUGAAAUUGUAUUAUAGAAAUGAUAUGGUGGGAUAUGAAAAUAGCUUGAAGUUUAACAUCUAAACAUCACAAUGCACUUUGUGAUACAUGCAAAGUUUUUGUAAGGUGGUUUCUAAAUUGGUUAUUUUCGAUUAGCAACAAUAUUUAUCAAAUUAUUAAAAUGUUAUGUUUCUAGUUUCUUUUGGAUGUCAGUAUAUUUAUAAAUAUUUAACCUGUGAUUAAAUACAAUACAUUUUAAUUGUAUAAUUUAAAGAUUGAUGUUGAUGUUUAGUGUUUGUUUUGAGCCAAUUAUAUUCUGUGAUAAUUAAAGUGGUAUGUACAUUUUUGUUUCAUGUAACAUCAAAUCAACAGUUUUUUCGAAUAAAACCAGGUAAUGCAUGUAUGCUUUUACUUGGACAAAAAGAUA